AUGUGUGGAAUAUUUGGAUAUUGCGACAUAAGGUGUAAUAAAUCACAAGAGGAGGUGUGCGACAUACUAGUAAGAGGACUCGAAAGGAUUGAGUAUCGGGGCUAUGAUUCGGCUGGUGUAUGUGUUUUUGAUGCCGAUACUCCAAAGGUAUACGAGAAGGCGGUAGGAAAAGUACAGUACCUCAAACAAAAGUUGCAUGAGCUAAACACCGAGGAAGGUAAGAGAUUGGGCCAGUACAUGAGUAUAGCACACACUAGAUGGGCUACUCAUGGCGAGUCUACUGUGAGAAAUGCACAUCCUGUCAGGAGCGAUCCAAAUGGGACAUUCUAUGUGGUACACAACGGAAUCAUUUCUAACUAUAAGAAGCACAAGGAGUUCCUUACGUCUCAGGGAUACAACUUUGAGACUGAUACAGAUACGGAAGUUGCAGCUAAGCUUUGUUUGUAUCAUUACGAGAAAAACAGUGGAUUGAGCUUUUUGGAACUUACUAGAAAAGUUCUUGGUGACUGUGAUGGGCAGUACGCCUUUCUAUUUCUUAGCUCAAAGUUUCCAGGUCAGAUGAUAGCUGCGCAGAGUGGAGCGCCAAUGAUUAUAGGUAUUGAGGCGCCCGGAGAUGGCAACUUUGAGUACUGUGCAGAGAGAAAGUGCCAUUGUUUGAAGUCGUGUGCAGGCUCCGAUUUUUUUAUUUCCUCAGAUAUUGCUGCAAUUAUCGAACAUACUUCAACUGUUGUGUAUGUGAACGUGGACGAUAUUGCACUGCUAUCCAAGAGAGGUAUCGAGAUAUAUAGCCAGUCUCCAAAGGACCACAAGAGUGUAAAAAUUACCAAGCUUGACACUCAUCUUAUUUCUGCAGACAAGGGAGACUUUUCGCACUACAUGAUAAAAGAGAUCUACGAGCAGUGCGACUCGCUGUCAAAUACCACGAGGAACAGGAUUGAUUUCGAUAGUGAAGCUAUCAGGCUGGAUUCAAUUGAAUGGCACAAGGACGCAUUGUUGAAUGCAAAAAGAUUUGUUUUUGUGGCCUGUGGUACCUCAUACCACUCUUCAUUAGCAACAAGGAAAGUAUUCGAGUAUCUAAGUGAUAGAUCGGUGGUAGUUGAGACAGCAUCAAACUUUCUGGAUCUAAAGCCGCAUGUGGACGAAACUGAUGUUGUGUUUUUCAUAAGCCAAUCUGGCGAAACCGCUGAUUCCAUAGCAGCGAUGAACUACUGUCAAUCUAAGAAAGCCACGACCAUUGGAAUUACAAACACACAAAACAGUUCUAUUGCAAGACUAUCAGUCUGCAACUUUGAUGUGCGUGCAGGUAUUGAAAAGGGGGUAGCAAGUACAAAGGCAUACACGUCACAGUUUUUGAGUAACAUUUUGAUAGCACUGUACAUCAGCCAAGAGAGAGGCACCCAUGAGACACGAAGAAGGGAAAUUAUGAGGGAGAUCCAGAGUAUUCCUGAGAAGGUGAGGAGGUGUCUGGAGAUCGAUUUGGACUGCUAUAUUGAUGAUCUAUGCAAUAGGAACUCAAUUCUUGUUAUUGGAAGAGGAUAUCAGAUGUCUACUUGCUAUGAGGGAUCCUUGAAGAUAAAGGAAAUUUCCUAUAUACACUCUGAAGGUAUCAUGGCGGGUGAACUAAAACAUGGUCCUCUGGCACUAGUCAGCUCCGAAAUCGGAAUAAUCCUGAUUGUGGCAAAUGACGAGUUUUACGACAAGUCACAAAAUGCAUUCGAGCAGAUUCGUGCCAGGAAUGGUAUCCCACUGGUUAUAUGCUCCGAAAGUAUUAAAUCUAAAUAUGAGAGGUGUAUUGCGGUGCCCGACAGUAUUGACUGUCUCCAAGGACUUUUAACUGUGAUACCUCUCCAGUUGAUCUCGUAUAAGCUAGCAGUUAAGAAGGGAUUUGAUCCCGACUUUCCACGUAACCUUGCCAAGUCUGUGACCGUUGAAUAA